CUGACAAGAAGAUCACGUAUUAUAGCAUCAUAUCCAUUGACUAUUAUUCAUUGUAACUCGGCCUCCUUUCGGGUUCCAUUACUUCAAGUACUCUGUUUUGAAGUUAUUAGUAUUAGUAUAAGUAUCGUUGUGCUUGCUUUCUCAAGUGGCUGAAACUUGCCUAACAGUCAGCACAAAACAUGGCACCUUCAUAAAAGAAAAACCCCAUCUGAAAUCACCCAGGUGUGAUCAAAACUGCAAUCAUGACACCAAAGGAGAUCUACACCGGCUACAGGCCCUUGCUUCAGGACCAUCGCGUUCAGCAGGCUCACGUGAUAAUGUCCGACUCUGACUUACAAAUGGCCACUUGCCGAGCGUUUCUUACACCGGGAGCCUCUCAGAAGACGAAUUUGAAGAUCACAGAGACAAGUGGCAUGUCAAAUCGUGCGUAUACGGGCUUGGAGGAGAUGCCAGCUUCUACAGCAUGCCUGGUCAACCUUCCAAACGAACUCCUGACCAUGAUCGCUCGGGAUGACGAGCUCUCGGAGAAAGAUCUCUCGGCCUUCCUCCAGACAUGCCGGUCUAUCCGCAUGAUUGUUUCACACACGCUCUAUACUAUCGUCGUGAGGCGGAAUCGCAGUCCCCUACUCCAUUGGGCUGCUGAACACGGUCAUCUGGAGAUGGCAAGCCAGUUGCUAGACGCAGGGGCCGACCCGGACCAGUACUGGGUUUCGCCACAGCCUAAAUAUAUCCUCGAUAUGGACACAAGCUCUGUUCCUGACCAAGACGAGUAUUUCUGCUUAACCUCAAGCCAGCAGAAUGAUCUCCUGUUACAGCGGUGCAGUGCUCUCGCGCCUAAGACUGCUUUUGGGAAAUAUACUCGCUGGGCUUCGAGAGUUCACCUAGACGAGUGCCUUCAUUAUCGUCUAGGAUUGGCCUGGGCUUCACAGCGGGAAGGUGUUGAAGGGAAGAAACAUGGAUGGAUAAGUAACGGCCAUCUGGAGGGAGCAGGGGCAGCAGCAGGGGACAAAAAAUCCCGAUUCAAGUGGACACCACUACAUCUAGCUGUUUACAACGGCAAUUCGGAAUUGGUGAGGCUGCUUGUUAGCCGCGGUGCCAGCCCGGCCAAUCCUUCAGCCGGCUUAUGUACUUGCACCACUGUGUCGAUUCCAAUUGACGAAGAUAACCGAUCUUCAAGGGCAAAUAUUGAUGAUCAGACUGCAAUUCAUCUCGCGGUCUGCUCAGCACAAUCGCUCAGUCAUGAUACCAAAACUACCCUCAAAACUCUUCUGGAUGGCCCAUCCGGCAACAAAGAUACAUCAUCGACUAAGGUUACGAAGGAGAAGGUAGUGUCCGCUGUUCACGCACUCAUGAUGGCCUCCAUCAUCGGUGACAUGCAGGCAUUCGAAUUCUUACUCGACUGGAUGAUUUUCGUAAUUGAGCAGCACGAAAUAGACGAUAGUCCAGGUGCAGGGCUCAGCUUCCCACCUGAGAUCCUCUCUCAAAGUCGCAUAGAGUAUUGUGCAGCCAGGUGCCACCACUGGGCGAUCGUGGAACGCUUUGCCCAAGACACGGGGUUAGAAGAUGACGUGAAGAAGAGUCUUGAACCAGUUUUUCGAAAGUCAGCUGAAGCAGUGGACAUAGAAGCUUGUGCCUGGCUUCUAAACUAUGGAGUCGAGGUCUCGGAUAAGGGACACUUCCUAAGAUCUAUGUGUCCUGCUCCUACCAGCUCCAUCCAUCCACAGGGGCAGACUAUAGACGACAAACGUCUGUCAUUGAUUAUGCACGUUCUUGAUCGGUGCGAACCUGCAGACAUAAACUCGUACGGCUCGAAGACCCCCAACAGCGCUCUGGGGUCCUUCAUGACAUGGUAUUUCAGUUCCGAAUUUCCGAGCCAGAUAGGCGAGCGGAUCAUUAAGGCCAUGUUGGAUCGGGGCGGAAAUGUACAUGCAAAGAAUCCCCAAAAGGCUGGCCGGGGCUGCUCCAAGGCAUCUGAUCUUACGCCCUUGGGAUGUGCACUUAGAGCCGUGACCACCAACGCUAGUGCAGGCGCAUUGGAUAGGUUCCAUCGGUUCUUACAGCACCACGUUUCUUUUGACGAAGAAAAUACGCUCGGCUUGCGGGGCGAAUACUUGCACAAGUUCUUCGUUUUCUUCGGAUACGGCACUUUGGAGCAGACGCCAAAGCAUACGCUCGUCAACAUAUCUAGAGUCCUGCUUCUCUGCGGCGCGAAACCGGAGGAACGUGACGCAGAUGGUGAGACGGCCUUGUUCGCCUUUCUGAGAUACCUCGAAGCAUGUAUGCCUGGAUGGAUCGGCAGCAGGCGCCGUCCACACUGGGCGGACGAGAUCACCUAUCUCCUAGCAUGCUUCCAGAAGUCCGGGGCCAGGCUCGAUUCCGCCAACGUGGAAGGAUGGACGGUAGAGGAGAAACUGCAAGCUCUUCAGCAGCCCGGUGUUUUUUCAAGGCUGCUGGAUCAUCGCUCCGAUGAAUACGAAUCGUCAUACACGGAGAAUAGACGUCGAGCGCUUGCCAAACAUCUGUCAGAGACUGUGCAUGUUGUCCGAGAAGGGGAUGGACUCCCUCGCAUGAGAUUCAAGAGACCGCAGACGGUGUUCAAAGAUUUACCUGGGGAUGACUUCAUUCAGUCGCUUUUGCAGGACGAAGGACUUUGGCUGCCUCAGUAGGCAAAUGAGAUUUUCAGUUUCGAUUUGAAACUUUGGUUAGGCGCUUUCAAGAGUGUAUGAUAAGGCGGUACAGCUAGUUUGCUUGGACACCAGCGGACUUAUUGAACGGAAGGACUCUAAAGGGUGAACGGUUAGUUUGGGAGGCGUCAAAAAGUGUAGUACUUGGUACAUUAUUAAUUAUUAAUAUAUGGAAUGGGCAUUUCGCUUAUGGUUUGGAC